GCCGGAGAGUCCGAGGAGGAGGAGACGCCGUGCCCGGGCACCGACCAGAUGAGCAAGGCCGACCUGAUGUUCGACCAGACGCGCGACAGCACCAAGCGGCGAGCGGACCCACCGACGCGCAGGAAAAAGAAGGAGCCCCCCCCAGGGCGGGGAGCCCGAGGGUCCCUGAGACCCGCCACCGACGUCCCCCCAGGGGACGACGACGUCAUCACGUUCGGGAUUGACGUGGAGUACCACAAGGAGGAGAUCAACCUGAAGGACUACAGCUGGGUGCUAGAGCAGGUGACGGAAGCCGGGGUGGCGACAGACCUCUACGUGAAACAGCUGAUCGAGUUUUGCACGGAGGAGGACAGCCAGCUCGGGAAGGUCGCGGAAGAGCGCAAGGAUGCCGAGAUCAUCAGGAUUACCAGGAAGGACGCAGAUCUCAGCACGAAGAACGGGCUUGAGUUGGCUAAGAACCUGGCGGUGAAGAACCCUGGAGCAGACAUCUGGGGAAGCCUACCGUGCACGGCAGUCAGUGCACUACGCAACGGCUACAUUGGCAGGCAGGAAGGCCAGUACUGGACGAAGCUCGAAGCACGAAAGAAGAACAUCAAGAAAAUCGUGAAUCACUUCGUGGAAGUGAGCAGGAUCGUCAAAGACAAUGGGGGCGACGUGCACUUCGAGUGGCCACGCAACUGCCAUGGCUGGAAGUACUUCCCGGAGCUGACGGAGUUCUUCGACGAGCUGGGCAUGGAGAGGGUGAACUUCGCCGGGUGCCACGUCGGGGUAGUCAACACUAAGGGCGAGCCAAUCCACAAGCCGUGGACGCUGUGGACCAGCAGAAAGAAGCUUGCGACGGCCCUGAGCGGCAAACGCUGCCCGGAUCCUCAAGGACACGGACAUGCGGAAUGUUGUGGGAAGGAUGCUACCUUGUCGGGGAAAUACCCUGCGAGAAUGGCGAGGAUCAUCUGGCGGAACAUUGUGGAACCGCCGAAGCUGACGGGCCUGAUCGAGGAGCUAAGGCAGGAGGAAGCCCUGGCGAACGACAACAAGGAUAUGUUCGACCACGAGAGCGAGCUAGAGCUGACGAGCGACGAGCAACAGCAGUGGAACGACUUGCCGGCGCUGAAGCAGAACGAGUUAAUGAGGGCGGUGAUGCGCCUGCAUCGGAAUACGGGGCACCGACCACCGAGGGUGAUGAUCAGGAUUCUGCGGAGACGUGGGGCUUCAGCGACGACAUUCGCAGCCGUGAAGCAGAUCAAGUGCAGUUCGUGCAUCGAGAAUCAGGUGCACAGACCGAGACCAACAGCAGUACUCGAUCCAGCUCGAGAUCUAUGGCAGGUGGUAGGCAUCGACGUGAAGGAGAUCGUGGGCAACGACCAGAUCAAGCAGGAGUACCUUGUGAUCAUGGACGAGGCGAGCAAGCUGACACUGGCGGUCAAGAUCUUUUCAGUACCCGCCCAGGAGUCGAGGAACUGCACCGCCAAGGAGAUGCUGAAUGCUUUCAGAGGACACUGGUCAGAUCGGUAUGGCAUGCCGAGCGCACUUAGGCUUGACCCUGAAGGAGCAUUCGUGUCGCACGAGUUCUACGACAGCAUUGCUGGUGAAGGAGUCCAGGUGGCUCCGUGUGCUACUCAGGCUCACUGGCAGAACGGCAUCGCGGAGCGUGCGAUCAAGACGGUGUUCGAGUGCGCCAAGGCCAUGCAUCGUGAUCACGAGACCGACCUGAAGGCGGCGGUACAUGCAGCGGUGGAGGCACACAACACCGGCGAGAGGGUCGACGGUUACAGUCCAAGCCAAUCAGCCUUUGGACGAGAUAAUAACUGGUCGGGGACUCUCAAGAAGGAGGACCACCUGGACGUCGUGAAGUGCACGAACCAGAGCUACAUGGAGAACCUGUCCAGGCGGGCGCCGGCACCCAAAAUCAUUGGCGAGCGCAUUCUCAAGCAGCAGCAGGGUGAGGUGAUUUCAGCGGACAAGGGGGACGGGCCGAUGAACGAGGAGACCUACACGCCGGAGACCACAGCUCGUGCACCAGAAGAUGGAGACAAGGAGGAGCCAGAGUUCGAAGGCCUCAUAUCCAAGCUGGAGAAGACGACCAUGGGGAGGAUCACCGUGAUAAAGUACGAGGACGGCUCCGAGGAGACGGUCAAGGGCGACAACUGGAACGCGAAUGGGAAGUCUACGAGGUCAACGGGGCGACGCUGGACGGGCAGGACUUACCUGUUCCCCAUUGCGGACAAGCCGGAGGAGAUGAAGGUGGACCAGAAUAAUAAGGAGGUGAUCCAUGAGGAAGCGAAGAAGACGGUCGUGGAGCAGGUCCCGGAGACCCAUGAGGACAACGAGACAGACCAGCCGUCGAUGGGUGACAUCGAGAGCGAGAAGGUCAAGACCACUAAACAGACAUUUGCAGGGGAAGCAGAUCUCAGAAGACGGAUCGUCGAGAAGAGGAAAGUCAAGACCGACCUGUUCGAAAAGACGAAAAGGAGGGUCAGGAUGCGGACCAACUUCGGACCAGCACUGAGGAGCUACUGUGCCUUCUUCAAUGACAGACUAGCGGACGGUUACCAGCUGGACGGGGAGGACCUGGAGAUCCCGACGGGGACCGACUACGUCGAGGUCGCGCUCGAGGCGUUCGACGCGAACAGCAUGCGCAAGUUCACGAGGCAGCCGGAGCAGUACAUCACCAAGGCGAUGAAGAAAGGAAGGUCUGAGGCGAGCGUCAAGCACAUGACCGAUGAGCAGACGAGUUUGAUGAAGGGGGCGAAGUUGGUUGAGGCGAGAGACUGGGUCGCCAACGACGUGCUGGAGAGAGCUCGGAACAUGAUCUUCCAGAUGACGGCCAUGAAGAAGUGGAAGCUUAAGAAGGGCGACGUCAAGGCCGCGUUCCUGCAAGGAAAAGGGAUGCCCGACGACAAGCCGACCUACAUCGAGGCCAACGAUGAGCUGGCGGAGGAGUUCGGAGUACCUAGAGGGACGGCAGUGAGGCUCAAGAAGGCAGUGCACGGAUUAUGCCAAGCGCCAAAGUCGCGGCACGAGAGCGUGGACACCCUGAUGGAGCAGCUCGGUGGACAACGAUGCGUGUCGGACUCGUGCGUCUGGCUCUUCAGCGGCGAGAACGACAACGUGUUCGGAGUACUUGGCACACGCGUGGGCGACUUCCUGAUCGCCGGAGACGGUGGAGUUCGAUGGCGAGAGAUCGAGGCGAAGCUGCAGAAGGCGUUCCGCUGGACUCCAUGGGAAGAAAGAAGUUUCAAGCAGACCGGACUGUCGGUCACGCAGAUGGCCUGCAGCGAGAUCACCAUACACCAGAAGGAGUUCAUCGACAACAUCACCGAGAUCAACAUCGGCCAGGAGCGUCGCAAACAACGGGACCAGAAGCUGACGGAUAAGGAGAUGACAAUGCUUCGGGGGGCACUGGGUGAGAUCCAGUGGGUGGCGAUGCAGACGAUGCCGAAGUACCAGGCGCAGUGCUCUAUCUUCCAGAGCAGUGGACCGACGGCGACAGUGGAGACGCUCUUCGGGAUCAAUAAGCUGGUCAGGCAGAUGAAGAACGACCAGGGCUACAAGCUGAAGUUCGAGAGCUUCGAGGGCGAAGGCGUGGUCGCGGGCUGGAGCGAUGCAGCCCGGGCGAAUCGACCGGACGGACUCCCGACAGGAGGGUGUGUGAUUGGGAUCGCGCCGGCGGACAUCCUGAACGGGAAGCGGGCUCCAGUGGGCUGGGUUUCGCACCGCAGUGGGAAGCUACAGCGCGUGGCGAGGAGUUCGUUGGCGGCCGAGGUCCAGGCCCUGACAGUGACGGAGGAUGAGCUGUUCAUGGUCAGAAUGACGCGGGCCGAGCUGAAUGGUUUCGCAUCGGACGUGGCGAUGGGAACCGCGAGCGAGAGUAAGACGACAAAGCCGAUGCUGGAGGGCGCGAGGCAGGUGCGAUCGCGCCUGCGCGCGGACGCAAAGAGCAUCUACGAUUGUCUUGCCAGGCAGGUGCAGAUGCAGAGCUUGGCCGAGAAACGCACGGCGCUGGAGCUGAUGGCCUUCGAGAAGUGCAUCAACGAGACGGAGCUGAUCGUGAGGUGGCGCCACUCAGAGGCCAACCCAGCCGACAGCUUGACUAAGACGACAGCUACGGGACCCAUCGACCUGCACAUGAAGACAUGGAGCUGGGCACUGGUAGACGACGACGAGCAGCUCAGCGCCAAGAAGCGGAAGGAGCGCGGGAUGAGCAG